CCGUGGCGCCUCUGCAUUUCCCAGAAUAACAGAGAGAGAAGAGAGAGAGGACCAAAUCUGUGGCAAUGGUGAAGUUUCUGAAACCAAGCAAGGCGGUGAUUGUCCUCCAGGGACGGUACGCCGGUCGGAAGGCGGUGAUCAUUCGCAACUUCGACGACGGCACACGCGACCGCCCUUAUGGCCACUGCCUGGUGGCUGGUUUAGCCAAGUACCCGCGCAAGGUCAUCCGCAAGGACUCCGCCAAGAAACAGGCUAAGAAAUCACGCGUGAAGUGCUUUAUCAAGCUGGUGAAUUACAACCACAUCAUGCCGACACGUUACACCCUCGACGUGGACCUAAAGGAUGUGGUAUCACUCGAAUCCCUCCAGUCCAGAGACAAGAAGGUGACUGCAGCGAAGGAGGCCAAAGCACGGUUCGAGGAGCGGUUCAAGACUGGGAAAAACCGAUGGUUCUUCACCAAGCUCAGGUUCUGAGGAGGACAUUCUGGUAAUUUUAAUUUGGAUCUAGUAGUAGUGCUUUGAAAAAGAGGGAUUUUUGUUCUAUUACGUUUCCAAAGUGACUCUGCAUUUGAAGUUGACGUGUAUUUCGAAGUUACUCUUUUUAGAACUGUUUAUGCUGAGAAAUUUAUCUGGUAUCUUCUUCAAUUCCAAUUGAAAUGCUGGCUUUUUCA